CUCUCUCUCUCCUCUCUCUCUCUCCCACUCUCACUGAGACACACCUCAUACAAUAUCCCCCAACUAUCCUACUGGGUAAACACAGAACCAAGCGGUGAUGGCGACCAUGACAGUAACAAAGUCCUCGGCGACAACACAAACGUCAACACCAGACAACACCACAUCACACUUCCAGACACAAUCACCAACAUCACUACCACAGAUCGACCACCUCGACAGACAUGGCUACCUCUUUGGUCAGAAGCUCACCGCUUCCAUGUCCCCAUUGCUUCAUGAUGUGGUCUACCAGAAUCUCGGCCUGAACUGGGCACAACAGCGCCUAGAUUCAACAGAUAUGGACCUCUUUCUCAAACUGAGACAACACCCCAAGUUUUAUGGCGCCUCAGUGACAAUGCCCCACAAAGUCUCCAUCAUCCCCCACCUAGACGAGCUCACAGAGGAAUGCCGUGCAGUAGGCGCCUGCAACACCCUCUACGUCCGCGACGAGCCCGACCCAACCUCCCCCACCGGCCACCGCCGCAUCUACUGCGGCACCAACACCGACGUUAUCGGCGUCCGCGACAGCUUCCUCAAGACCAUCCCAGACGCAGACCACGCCGCCGUCUUCCGCAACCGUCCAGCCCUCGUCAUCGGCGGCGGUGGCGCCGCACGCUCGGCGGUCUACGCCCUGCGCACCUGGCUGGGCGCCACCUCCGUCUACCUCGUCAACCGCGACCGCGCCGAGGUCGAGGCCGUCAUUGCAGAGUGCACCGAGCGCGGGUUUGCAGGCGCCGCGGGCGAGCUGGUCCAUGUCGAGACGGUGGAGCAGGCCAGAGCGCUCGAGGGCCCUGGCGCGAUAGUGGCCUGCGUGCCAGACUUUGCGCCCGCGACGGACGCCGAGGUGCAGGCGCGCGCCGUGGUCGAGGUGUUCCUGCGCGAGAAGGCGCACAAGGGGGCCAUGCUGGAGAUGUGUUACAACCCUAGCCCCUUCACGCAGCUGGGCAAGCUGGCGGAGGAGGCUAGGUGGAACGUCAUCCUUGGCACGGAGGCGCUGAUCUGGCAGGGCAUUGAGCAGGAUCGUUACUGGACCGGGCGGAAGACGGAAGAGUUGCCGGUGAAGGAGGUCAAGGAGGAGAUUUAUAGACAGGUGGAGCUCCGGGCUGCGGCACAUCAGUCCAAGUAGACGGUGUUGUGGAAUAGGUUUUAGCAGUCAUAGCAUUAGUUGAGAGCACAGCCAGGCGUUUGUUGUCACCAGUCUCGACGUACAUAGAUGUUGAAUUAAUUCAACUUGUCUCUGGCUGC